UGCACCGAGUCGGAGCCGACUCUGCGGAGAAACGCGUUCGCUCGUCCGCGGCACUCGUGCGCCGACCACGACCGCGGCACACUCGGAGGUACUCCUCUUCGUCUCGCGAGGAUCCACCUUGGAACGCGCGCGCGCGGCGCAGCUUCCGCGCGACCGGGAGAGAUUUCUCUCUCCCCGUCUCUCUUUCUCUCUCGCUGUGCACCAGAUGUAUCCGGUAUGCUUGAAAAAUCUCUCCUCUCGGCGAGGCUCGUACCUUGGCUGAAACAAUCUCGACCGACGCGAGAGAAAUGUUUUUAGUGUUGUAAUCGUGUCGUGACAUCGGGGAUCGAAGCUAAAAGUCGUUCGAUGCUGGAGGAAACUUUGGGAUCAGUCAUCGAGUUGCCGCCGUCGUCGUCGUCGUCGUCGUCACCACGUCGCAAGUAAGACACGCCGUGCAGUGACGAGCCGCGAGGAAGUGGCUCGCAUUGUCGCCCCGAGGGAUCGUCGACGGCGCAUUUAAUUAUCCCGAGCGUUAGCACGAUCCGUUAAUUAAGCCGCUCGAAUCAGGAGCAACGCGGGAGCUGCUAAUUAACGCCCGUGUCAUCCUCGUCGCACCCCGGCUACGGGACACGUCGCCCUCGAUCGGCGAUCAUCAGCAACCAAUUUAACGAGAGACCAUUUGGCGCACGUAACGGCCACACACGACUUUUCUCUCCUUCUCUCGAAUCCAUUUCUUGCCACUUUGAAGGAGGAUGACGCGUCGAUAAUCGCGCGAUAAAGGCGGAGUCGCGCGACGAGACGUCGCGACGAGACGCCGUAACAAUGCGGAAAUAUGAGAUUUCCCGCGCCGACCGGAUCUCAUCAUCGUCCUCGUCGUCUUUGUCGGCUCGAGUGCGCUCGCACCGAUGCGACUUACGUCGGUUGCCGACGCGAACGUCCGACGUCCAUUGAGGAAAAAUGGGUGCCAAUCAAUCGACUCGGAGCGCGCCCACCCCCGGAGAGGAAGGUCUGCAUCGUACAAAAACGUGACAGUACCGGCAAUAUGUACGCCAUGAAAUACGUACAUAAAAACGAAUGUGCAGAACGAGGCGCCCUGAAGAAUGUGGCGAGAGAAGUGGAGAUCCUGUCGAAGCUGGAACAUCCCUGUCUAGUGAAUUUAUGGUUCAGCUUCCAAGACGAGGAGGAUCUCUUCAUGGUGUCGGAUCUGCUUCUGGGCGGCGACCUGAGAUACCACAUCCAACAAGAGCAGGUCGCGUUCGGCGAGGAGAGCGUCGUGCUGUUCGUGGCCGAGAUCGCUCUGGCGCUCGAUUACCUGCAGACCAAUAGAAUUAUUCAUCGGGACAUCAAGCCGGACAACAUACUGCUGGACGAGGAGGGCCACGCCCAUGUGACAGACUUCAACAUAGCGACUGUACUCGAAGACGGGCAGUUGGCAACUUCGAUGUCUGGUACAAAACCAUAUAUAGCCCCGGAGAUUUACAUGUGCUCAUGCGAGGAAUACGGUGUUCUUGGCUAUGGAUUCGCCGUGGAUUGGUGGAGUCUGGGAAUCCUCGCUUGGGAAACUUUAGCUAUGGAGAGACCGUAUCCGCUUCACUCCACAACAUCCAAUAGAGAGGCUCUGAGGAUCUUGCAGGACGAAAGAUCGAUGCCCUCGCAUUGGAGUCCGUCGAUACGCGAUCUCUUGGAUCGUCUGUUAACUCUCGCGCCGAGCGCUCGAGUAUCGUGCUUGAAAGAACUGAAGCAGGUGAGCGCGAUGAGAGACCUGGACUUCGACAAAGUGCUGAACAAGCAGAUAAAGCCGCGCUUCACCCCGCCGAAGGAUCAUUUGAAUUGCGAUCCCACCUUCGAGCUCGAGGAAAUGAUAAUCGAGACGAAACCCCUGCAUAAGAAGAAGAAACGCCUGGCUAAACAGAGGUCGGUCGCUUUCACGUAAACAUCUCUCUGUCUUCCUCUUUCUUGA